AUGCUUACCUUGACACUUACUGCAGAUCUUUCUGGUGUGAAUGAGCUUGUCCCCGAUGACAGCGCAGAGAAGAACUUCUGGUAUACUUUCAAAGUACAAUGUGUAUCAUGCAGAGAAAUUCAUCCAAACUUCAUAAACAUCAAUAGAUUUGAAGCAAAUGAGAUGAGUGGUAGUAGAGGAGAGGCAAACUUUGUAUGGAAAUGCAAGUUCUGUAAGAAAGAAUCAUCUGCAUCAGUUAUAUCAACACCAGUUCCAUAUCAAGCAGCCUCUCCACCAACUCGUCAAAAGAUUCUAGAAUUUGAUUGUCGAGGUCUUGAGUUGGUAGAAUUCAAACCUGAGGGAGAUUGGUUGGCUGUUGGAACCGACAGUGGUACCAAAUUUACUGCUAUCGAUUUGAAUGAUGGAGAAUGGUAUGAUUAUGAUGAUAAAGCAGGAGAGGAAGUUAGCAUCAAGGACUUGAAAUGGGAGAUUAGGAGAAAUUGA